GAAGGGGAAAGUAAUCGCCACUCACACCCACAGACCCAGCGGUCCAAGAAAGAAAGCAAGCAAAGAAGCAAGAAUAAUACCAACCAAUCCAGAGAGAGAAAGAGGAGGAGUUGAGAUGGCCGUGUACCGAUUCAGCAACACGGUGAUCGGAUACCUGAACCUUUUGACGCUGCUGGCGUCGAUCCCGCUCAUCGGCGGGGGGCUGUGGCUGGCGCGGAGCUCGGCGACGUGCGAGUCGUCGCUGCAGACGCCGCUGCUGGUGCUGGGUUUCGUGGUUCUCUUGGUGUCGCUGACGGGGUUCGUGGGGGCGUGCUUCAACGUGGCGUGGGCGCUGUGGCUCUACCUCCUGGUGAUGCUCCUCCUCAUCGCCGCGCUGCUCGGGCUCACGGUGUUCGGGUUCGCCGUCACCGGCGGCGGCGGCGGGGAAGAGGUGCCCGGCCGGGUGUACCGGGAAUACCACCUGGAGGACUACUCCGGGUGGCUCCGGCGGCGGAUCACGGAGGACCGGUACUGGAGGGCGGCGAGGGCAUGCGUCGUGGGCUCCAAGGCCUGCGCCAAGAUCGCGCUCUGGACUCCCUUGGACUACCUCCAAAGGGACCUCACCCCGAUCCAGUCCGGGUGCUGCAAGCCACCGACGUCGUGCACGUACAGCGCGGGGACAGCGAUGGCGGCGCAGGACGAGGACUGCUACCGGUGGAACAACGAUGCGAGCGUGCUGUGCUACGGGUGCGACUCGUGCAAGGCCGGCGUUCUGGAGCAGGUCAGGCGGGACUGGCACAAGCUUUCCGUCCUCAACGUCGUCGUCCUCGUCUUCCUCAUCGCCAUCUACGCCAUCGGCUGCUGCGCCUUCCGCAAUGCCCGCCGUGCCGAAUCCGAGUACCCCUAUGGCGAGAACCGCAUGUCCAAAAUCCGACCCCGCUGGGACUACUACUGGUGGAGGUGGUGGCGUGACAGAAGGGAACAGCUCUAUUAGCUAGCUCCAUCCUUCGCCUCUCUCUGCUCUCUGUGAUCAUGAAGGUAGUGAGUUUCUUUAGGCUGUAUAAUUUGGUUGUGUAUAAAGGAAGGAAAGGAGGAGUGCUAGGAGCUUCAUUGGGAUGCAUGGUGAGGGAGGGUUUUGGAGGGGAAUGAUUUGUUUGUCCAGGGCUCUGCGCAACGAAGGUGACAGGUUGCGUCACUCAUUAACAUAGCAUCUACAUCGGAUAGAGAUGGUUGAGAGCAGGGAUCCUCUCUAGUUGUGGAGAAUGAAUGCUGAGAAUAGAUUCCAUAUCGACAAAAGAUUGGAUGCUUGCUUCCAUGCUGAGGAAUGGGCACAAUUGUGGUUGGAGACUACUGAAGAGGUACAAACGCAGUUGUGUAUGAGCCUUUUUGAUGAAAUUCUAUUAUCUUUUAUAUCCAUCAAUAU